AUGGACAUGGAGAUCACGACCGCCGCCUUGGACGUCUCUGGGGUGCGCAUUUCUCCGCCCGAGCUGCGCUUCUUGGAUGCGGUGCCCGGAGGGUGCUACCAUGCGUCGCUGAGCGUUCAGAACUUGGAGCCGCAAAGCUGCUUUCUUCAAAUAUUGCCGCCGCAGCGGCCUCAGUUCAAACUAAUUGUGGAAAAUCCAAAGAAACCAGUUGCUUCUGGUCUUCGCAUAACAGCCAGUGUGGAAUAUCUUCCUGAUCGAGAAGAAGACCUUCAGGAUAGACUACUUCUUUAUGUAGACAAAAAGAUAAUUGAGAUUCCUUUAAUAGGAUUAUUUCCAUGUUGCUGCUUAGAAAUUGAACCUGAGAUAAAUUUUGGCACAGUGACUGCAAACGGUAAAGUAAUCAGUAAAGAGAUUAAAAUUACUAACCAUGGAUCAUCUUCAGGUGCAUUUAACAUAAACUACAGAGGAAGUGUUCACAUUGUUAUAUCACCAACCAGUGGAGUGGUAGAAUCCAAAACAUUCCAAGUGGUUAAAAUGGAGAUGUGUGCUGAUAUCCCGAGGAUCAUUAAUCAAACAGCUGUUGUGGAGUUGCAGGGAAGAUCCAAUGCUCACAUAACAAUAAAAGCCAAUAUAGUGGAGCAAAUUAUCGAACUAUUGGGUGUGCUUCACUCGGACACAAUAAAACAUGUUCAUUUUGGAUGUGUCUAUUUUGGAACCUCCAAGACUGAAGAAGUAAUUCUUCACAAUAAAAGCCCAGAACCCAUGGGCUGGGUGGCAAUCCUGCAAGAUAAUGCUGUUGGGGGAGAGAUGGGCACAGACAUUCAGAAGAGUACAUAUGCUGCUUUGCAAGACUUAAAUUACAGUGAAAAUAAAGCAGAAGUAGAUGUUUCCACUAUGAUUUCAUGUAUUCCCAAUGAAGGAAAACUAGAGCCUUACCAGAAAAUUGUAGUUACUCUUUGUUUUAGUCCAAAACAGUUGAGAAGGAAUGUUAAACAUGAUAGAACUCCAUCAAGACAAGAUUAUGCUCUGUUUCUGACAUUUGAAGCUGUAGGAAGUACGGAUGACUUUUUGGAAAGGCUGUCUGUGGAUGAAAAACCCACCAGAGAGACCAUUCUUCAUAAAGUUGAAUUGGCUUUGACAGGCUCAGGGCUCCCAGUCAUGUUAACAUUCAGCCCAGGACCAGCUAUUAAUUUUAUGGAGUGCUAUAUGGGUGAACAUACAGAUAUUAUUUGCACACUCAAAAAUGAGUGUGAUAUUCUUCCAGUGUCAUUUGCUUUUCGUAAGGUUGCACAUUAUAAUAUAUGUCCUGCAAAAGGAAAAGUAAAAGCAAAAUCUUCACAGGAUGUACUGUUUUCGUUUCUUCCACGUCAUAUAGGAAGCUUUAAAGUGAAGCAGGUGGUAGAUAUCAUUGGUCCAGUGACAAAGAAAGAUUGUUUACCGGAGUUGGUGACAAGUUCUUUUCAUCAAAUACACUUAAAGUUUUCUGGCACUUGCAAGUCUGUAACAAAUAAAGUCAUGUUGAAAACUAAUCUUGGAGUACUUUUAUCCAACAAGGAGGAUCUGUACAGUUAUGUAACACCAAUGGCGCUGCUUAAAUCUGAUCAAACACAAAUUCAUGAUCAUGUUCUAAACAGAAAUUUGGAUGAUGCACUGAUAGCUCUUCCUAAUGAUCUUCCAGCUAGUCUAAGGCCCAGUGAACGACAUAACAAUUACAGGACUAUUUUCACAAAGGUUGCCAGAUACAAUUAUGUGGAUCCAGAGUACUCAUACACAGCAUAUGAAGAACUGGAAAAGCAAGUGAAUAAAGAUUACUAUGCAGACUACAUCCACAGUUUAAGGAACCGUCGUUUAAAUAAAGAAGGUGCUAGGAUCAUUGAAAAACUGAAUUCUGUCGAUCUAGGGUUAAAGCCAGCAUCAGGGUUAAAAUCACCACAGUUAAAAGCUUUAUGGCAAGAUAAAUUGGAGGAAGAUGCUGAUUUAGGAAAUGGAAAUGGCUUGUUAACUAGUCAAAAGCUAGCAGAAAUAGAAUCUAAAUCUAUGGGCAAAGAGGUUAGUGAUGGCCUUAGUGCUGUACCAUCUUCACCACAAGAGCAUGAAGACUGUAGUUUAACUUUGACAUCAAAGCAGCUUCAUCAAAUAUUCAUUGGUCCCUCUACUAUUGACUUUGGAGAAGUUUGUGUGCAUUCUAUAUCUGUCAGGAAACUGCAUCUUGUAAAUAAUCUUCCUGUUCAUGUUUGGAUACAAGUAGGAAUUGGAAGUGAAGAGCUACAACAGACUAGUCCUUUAUCUCAUGUCAUGUCACCUCAGUCACGAACGUACAUUCCAGUUGUGUUUGAGACUGACAAACUGGGAAAUUUUCAAAAGUCCUUUAUGUACACAAUAAACCAACAUCACACUGGGCAUGUGUUGGUGGUAGCAAAAAUAGUACCUGUUGCCUUGGAGCUAUCAACAAGGGAGCUGACUUUAUAUCCUACUUCCAGCUUCCUGGCUGAAAAUGGGUUUAGAACUACAGUCACACUGUAUAACCACAAAAACUAUCCUGCUCAAUUCAUCUGGAAGCCCAUAAUCACAGAUAAAGGAAUGGCUUUUUCUAUAUGCCCAGACAAAGGUACGGUAGAAGCCUAUAAAGACUUAGAGUGUGAAGUAGUUUGGCAUCCAAGUUUCUCCUCUCCAGUAACAGGAGAAUUUGAUUUAUGUGUGCAUCAAGGAAAAACACUUAGACUAAAAUGCUUCGCAAAGCUUGGUUCUACCAGUGUUCAGUUUAAGGAACAACGGAUAACCUUUAACCAUGCUCCUAUACAUUUAACUACCUGCAAAAUAGUUAUUCUUCAAAAUGUGGGACAUAAUCAUGCCUACUUCCAGGUUGUUGAUGCCAGUCCUCUUCCUGGAAUGAUUAUCACUCCUUUUCAGGGUGUAAUACCUGUGGGAGGUCGUACUGAAUUGAAAAUCUACUUCACACCUAAUGCAUUAAUGAAAUUUGAUAGCAGAGUGGAGGUUUCAGUACGACAUGCCAAAUCUUUGGAGCUGAGGCUUGGUGGAUCUGUAGAGGUUCCUGACAUAGCCCUCAGUAUGUGUUCCUUUGUCUUCCCUGGUGUUUAUGUUGGCUCUACUCAAAAAAUUCCAUUUUUUAUUGAAAACAAAGGCAAGACACGCGCCAGGGUCACAUUCGAUUUAUCUAAUCAUGAUGACUUUACACUGCAUUUUACUCCUCAGCCAGAUGCUUGCUGUUCUCCAUCAACUCCUUGUCUGUAUACUGUGAUCAUAGAUGCAUAUUCUGCUUUGGAAUGCUCAUUGAAUUUCACACCAAAAGAAGUGGCAGCAUAUGAUUUCAGUCUUCUAGUACAUGUUAAUGUCAGUAAGACUCUAUCUUCAUCUGAUAAUACAGUAACAAAUACAAGUCCUGCUGGUUCAGCAAAGCAUCUCAUUGUCCCACAUCCUCAAAUGUUGACUAUACCUACUCAACUUUGUAAAGUUCAAGCAACUGUGUUGCAGCCACCGCUAGAACUUUAUUAUCAAGAUCUAACAUUUCAGUGUAACUUAAGAACUAUCCACUUGGGUAUUGCACAUGACAGUAAUUCCAUAAAGAAGCUGCAUCUGAACAACAUCUCAAAGCAACAGCUUAUGUGGAAAUUAGAUCUCGAUGCUGCAGGCAAAGCAGUAGAUGAUGGCUUCUUCAAGUUUAGUUUACAGUUUGGUACUCUCAGUCCAGGCGAACGUACUGUUGUUACUAUAUCAUUCUGUCCACCUGCUUGUCUUGGAAAAUACACAGCUGAAGUGCCACUGCUCUUGAAUAAUGACACAUCUGUAUACAGAGUAGUCUCUUUAUCAGGGUGUGUGAAGUCACCCAAGAUCAACUUUGACCCUCAGAUUUUGAUACUGACUCCUGUUCCUCUCAAUAUAAAAACAGGAGCUGAUGUCCGCAUAAUUCCUCAGGGCUAUUUAAGGAAGACAGCUUUGCAAGUUGAAAUUCCAGCAAAUGACCCUGAACAUAAUGACCAGAUAAAUCCAUUAAGUGUGGAAUUACCAAAUGGGAAUUUUAUUGACAUAACUGUAGAAGGAAAAAACAUUGGUUUUAUAUGUCGUGUCAAUUUCUGUUCCUCAAAGCCAUUGUCUUGUAUGAAGAAUAUAUACUUUGUUGAUGAACAAAAAACCAGAUUCCCACUUAAGGUUGCUACAACAGCAGAGAACUGCCUCCUUACUGUGUAUCCAUAUUUGGCAUGCCACCUUAAAGACCAACAAAUUAUCCUGAAAAGUGAUUCUAAUGAGAUAAUUUACAGCAAUGGAGAAAGUCUGCAACAUCCAUGCUACAUUCCAGGAACUUGUUCCCAUACAAAUUCUUCCAGUAACUUUGGCACCAUUACCAACUCUACCUAUGAAAAUUCCAUAGCAGAAUUUGAAAAGGAAGUUGAAAAUGAAAAGCUGAAGAAGAAUGAAGCUAUCAGCCAAGAUGGCGCAAAUCGGUGUUAUUUUGACUUUUCCCUUUUUCCUGCAGAAGGCACAGAAGCAUAUGCCUUUUUACAGAAAGUUAUCACAGCAGUCCAGAAUUGGUUUGCUCUCUUUGGUUGGUCUAAAGGACCAAAUCCUAUUUCUAUUCCACGUACUCUAAGAUGUGAUGUCUGUAAAAUUCAAAUGACUUCAUGUGAUGAAAAAGUUAAACAAAACCUUGGCAAAGAUACCAAGACCAUUUAUGACAUGCUUCUCCACCUGAGUGGGCAGUUGCUUCCUGGAAUUUCUUCAAGCCAGUCCUUGCCAUUUGAUCCCACUCAGCGUGUGGUGCAGCUCCACUGGCAGCAUUCCACGAUGAUCACUUUUCUCAAAUGCCAAGGAGCAUUUUUUCCUCAUGUGCUGCCCCAGUUUCUUUUUGACCUUGAUGACUAUAAGAGAUGGACAGAUCUACAGUCUACAUUGAAGUGUAGGAGAUCUGAGCCUGAGGACAUUUACAUUUUGGAUGACUGCAGUUUUGAGGCUAUCAGCAAACGGUCAUGGACAGAUGUGUUACUUCAAAUAUACAAGAUUUUGGUUCUCCAGCGUGUCUCUACAGUUGAGGUUAACACUUCAAGCAGCCCAGAAGAUGAAGAAAUCAUGCCAAAAAUAAGUACUGAUCCUUUGUCCAGUAAUAUAUAUUCUCCACCUGAAAGAAUUCUUCUUACUUGGAUGAACAGACAUUAUGAGAAGACACGGAAAAUUGUGUGGAAAGACUGCCUAAAGGGGGAUAUACCGCCUACAAGAUGGAUAGUAAACUUUGAUAGAGAUCUCCAAGAUGGCCUUGUCCUGGCAGCACAAGUAGCAAGCUAUUGCCCUUAUUUGAUUUCAACGCACUUUGUGAAUAUGUAUACUUCUCCAAACACUUCUGAACAGUAUUUUCACAAUUGUUUGGUUCUUAUAAAUGCUUUUCAUGCAAUAAAUCUUGACAUAGAUGUGCUGGCUUCUGAUAUCUGUGAUCCAAAUCCAAUCAUGAUGCUUAUGCUUUGUGUCUAUCUAUACGAGCGGCUUCCUCAAUACUUAUCCAAGAAAUAUAUUGAGUUCUCUGGUCCACUUCAUGCUACUGUUGUUAGGAAGAUGCAUUUGAAAAACCCAAGUAUCAAGCCUUUGAUAUACAAUGCUACCAUCUUAGGAAGAGAUUCUGCUGAUUUUUCAUUACCUAAAGGAAAUACUGUGGCCAUUGCCCCAAAGAGCCAAAUAAGUAUAAAGGUGGAAUUCACUAGCCGUUUCCUGCAUCCUGCCGAAGCGAUGUUGUUACUUGUUUCAAAAACUUCAACUGGAGUAGGAGGGGCUACAAUGACUUUUUCCCUGAAAACCAGGAUUAACCAAAUUAAACCUGCUGGUUUAUUAAAAUGCAGAUCUCCAUGUUAUGAACUGAACACAGUUAUUCUGCAAGUUAAGAGUCCUUUCAAAACUAGUGGUCCAUUCAGUGUCAUUUUAGUUGAAUCAACAAGCUGCAUAACUGAGCCUGAGCAGUUAAAUCAAGUCAGCCAGAUAAAGCAAGAAGUGUUGAAGUCACCCAGUUCAGAGCUGUUGACACUGGCCAAACUUCUGGGAAUACUGGUUUCUUGCCAAGAGAGCAUACAGAGGGCCCGUUUUCAUGCCAGACUCCUGCAGAGAUUCCUACUUCCCCACCUGGAAGCAAUUGCAUGCAUGCAAGAGGUACAAGCUACUACAGGUUCCUCCGGAGAUACUACAGCAGUUAUCUUGAUGGCUAGCUACGAACCGAUUCAAGCAUGGGUCACCUCUUUGAGAUCCCCCAAGAGUGAUUAUGAUGAUGGACGACAGCCUGUCGAGAUGGGGAGCGCACUCGAGGGGUCGGAUGGCACAAGGAGAGUGAUCAGCAGAAGAGACACAAGAGAGUAUAAACUUCCUGGAGCUCAGGGCAAUUCACUUGGGGUUCUUGAGCCUCAGCAAGCAUCUAACAGGUCAGUAUGUCCUUGUCGAAAUGGAAAACAUGAUGUUGAAGGCUUAUGUGAAUCGGCAAGGAGGAACACGAGUAAGGUUUCUACAUUGCAAAGCGUCCAUAAUGAUGACCUGGGCGGAAAGCCAUUUGUUGUCAUGAAAGCGAUACACGUGGCAGGUGAAGACAACGGCCUGGCGGACUGGCUCAGCAGAAGACGGCUGGACCAGUCAGAGUGGUCACUGAACAGGGAAGUAUUCACUCAGAUAUGCGACAAAUUCGGGGAAGUAGGAAUGGACUUGUUCACAACGGAGUACAAUCGUCAAAGUCAUUCAAAAGAUUCGACAACAGAGGGUGGUGGUGGUGAUGAUAACCCCAUUUUGGCCAAGGAGAGUGUGGUUUCAGGACCUCCAGAGUCUAUCAAUACAGGACCCAUGACAUCUUCCUGUGAGGGAAGACCUGCUGACUCAAGGGCUGACAUUGCACCCAUGCCCAGAGAUGCUCAGACUCACAGCGUGGAGAUUGAGCGGAAGUCUAAUAAAUCCUGUUGUUUACAAGAGUUCUUUAGUCCAGUGAAUGUUGUUUACCUGGAAGCAGAAAUUUCUACAAGCCUUGAUCUUCAUUAUCUGCCUUUUAAUAUGGGAAAACAUUAUUGUGCUAUAAUUUUCAUCAAUGAGCAGAUUGGGGAAUUUGUAUACCUGGUGGAAGGAAGAUGUGGCUUACCAUUGCCUUCAGCCCUGCUUCCGAUGGAUAGUCCAAAUGUUCUGUGCAUUAGCAGUAUGUUAGAAGGUCAAAGUGAAACGCAGCAGCCGGUGCUUUACUUGAAAUGUUGCCUUACUGAUAUACUUAGAGAAAAGCUGAAGAUCCCCCUGAUCAAUGAAGCAAGGGAGAAAGCUCUGGCCCUUGCCGCACAACUGCAAAUGUCUGCUUUGGAGUAUGAGCGAAGAAAGGUCACAGGGACACUGGAGAGCAGCAGUGUUCGUGCAGCCAUUGCAGCCCUGGGGCUGUCAACAGUUGAGGCAGCAGGUAUAAAAUACCGUUGGUUGCGGUCAGGCAAAAUGUUUGUGGAAUAUCAGCAAACUCAAUACAUUGUAUAUGACACUGUUUCUGGAUCAGCUUUGUUAUCUGCAUUAGGUUUGCCUCAAUUAGAGCAAGUUGAAAUUCGAGCUGAAAAAAGGAAGACCCAUUCAACGUUGACUGCAGUUAAAAGUUGCAAACUUCAUGUCUCUGAAGAAACAGAGGAUGGUGAAAUAGAGCUUGAUAAAGGUGUUCUGAACAACUUGCCUGCCUGCUCUCAACAAUACAUUGAGUACAGUGUGGAAGUGAGCAUGCCUGACUAUUUUGAAAUCUCUCAUAAAAUAUAUAUUCCUGUGCUGGCAUCAGCUAGAGUUAAUGCAAAACACCUUGAAAAUGGAAAUUGUUGUUUUGCAACAGAAACAGAAGAUGCUGCAGUUGAGCUUUCUAUAAAGUUUGUACCUCAAUAUCCUGGACGAUAUCCUUGCCAGAUUCUUCUACAGUCCAAAUAUGACAUCCGGAUCUAUAACAUUGAAUGUGUGGUGAACACAGAUACUGUUGAGGCGGAGCUGGAGUUUGUAACUCCUGCAUAUCAAGCAGUGAUUCAGGAUAUCCCAAUAGCUAACAUGAGUCAACAGGAUUGGAAGCUUAAAGCCAUUUUAAAGGGACAGUCUUUUUAUGGUCCUCCUCUCAUAUAUGUAGCCCCGGGUGAAACGGCUACUUACACUCUCAUCUUCAAACCAACUACUGAAUGCAUAACUAAGCCAACAAACUUCAGUAUGGAGCAGCAAACAUUCAAAAUCUUCAUCCUUCUCAACACAGAGCUCCAAGAAGAGCUGAUCAUUGAGAACGGGAAGCUCAUUUUACAAAAUGAAGACGAUGGCACAGAUCAUGUCUUUACCUUGACGGGAAUUGCAACCAAAGCUUUGGCACUGGAUCAUAUUCUGAUAGACUGCCCAGUGAGAAAGAUUACACAGAAGGUCAUAAUGGUGCCUAAUUUUACCAGGAAUGAGCUGAGGUACAAGAUUGAAAAUUAUGCCUUUGGGGAUCAACCAUCUGUGUCUUCAGAUCUCCUGAUAAUAAGUGGUGAUCCAGCUAUUACUGUAGAACCUGGUGGCACAGCUGCUUAUACUCUGAAUAUAUCUCCAUGGAAACGUGGAAAAAUUCAAGGUGUAAUUUCAUUUGUUGCUGAAGAUGGAGAACCCCAGGAGUGUCAACUGAACAACUUACUGGAGAAUACAUGUGGUACACAGAAAUUACAAACAGUCAAUGUAGCAGACACUGGUAAAAAUUCGCCAUGCUCCAAAGUGUGGUUUGCUUUGGAGAUUAGCGGCACAGCAGCACCACCAGAAAAAACUCUGGAUGUGGAAUGUACAGCUCUGGCACUUGUUCACGAUUUUUCCUGGGAUCAGCUGGUAGUCCAAGAUAGAGCUGAGUGUCAUCUGUUAUUGGUGGCAUCUCAGCCCAAAUCUCUGGAUGACCUCUCCCAGCAGCUUUACAUAAAAGUUGAAAACAAGUUGGCACCACAUUCUGAAACCUACUUGAGACUGUCACUGGAUGAGGCUGUGAGGGACCCCUCAAUGUCUUCACCCAAUGAGGACUUGCACCUCUAUUUUGAACAGAUGCGUCACGUGGCCAAGUCUCUUAACCUGGACGUCAGGGCCUCCAACCCAAAACCAAGAGAUACUACUGUCAUUGAAAUUCCAGUAACUAAUCCCACAAAUGACAUUCUGAUGUUGGAUGUUCUAGUAGAUGUUGGUGUACUUAGUGGUGAAAAAAGCCUCCUUCUUCAACCAAAAGAAACAGUAUGCUAUGAAGUAAAGUACUCUCCAGCAUGUACUGGCAGCUCAAAAGGAAGUGUUAUAUUUGUGUCAGAGAAGACAGGAGAGUUUUGGUAUGCACUGAGACUAAAUGCUAAGAAACCUCUGCCAAGAACAUUGCCUGAAGUAGAGUGUGAGCUUGGAAAGUGGGUCCGUCAAUACAUUCCUUUGGUUAAUCCUACCUAUGAAAGUCUGGAACUGAAAGUUGUGAACAAUAAUUCAGCACAUUAUUCUUUGGAGAUAGACUCUCGAAAUCUUUUGAUUGUAGCUCCAUGCUCUACUACCGAAGUACCAAUUCAAUUUUGUCCUUCUGCACUAGGAAGAACAUGCCACGCUGCAAAAAUCUCUUUCAUAUGCCCACAGCUUGAAGAGUGGAUAUUUUUCUUGUCCGGUGUUGGUUUGAUUCCUGAGCCCCAGGAGCCAGCUAGUGUAAGCGCUUGCCUGGGUUAUCAUUCUUCAAUCAUCAUAACCUUCAGAAAUCCUACUUUUGAAGAUGUACUAGUAGAUGUGAUUUUAACAGGAAUCUCUUUGCCUCCAAAAAGCAAACUGGAUAUUCCUGUACUGUUUGCGCCUCAGAGUAUGAAACUGUAUGAAGCUGUGCUAGUAAUUAAUGUGGAGAAGUUCCUUGAUGAAAACUGGUCUCUUGAAGAUCCCUUUGAAUUAAACAAAAAACUGAGCAGAGGAAUUACAUUCAUCCUAGAAUCUUUUAAAUAUCUUAGCAGCACUGUCAUAUCUGAGAAUGGAGAAAUCAAGGCACUCCGUUGGAUUUACCCUAUAUGUGGGAUUCCUGAAGCACCGCCAUACAAAUCAGCACCAGCUGUUGUAUGCUGCCAAGCCCGCAGCAGAGUAGAAGAAAGAGUAGAAGUGCUGCUGACUGGCGUAGUUCCUAGCACAAGAGGUUCACAAAUGAUUAGAGACUCUUCAACCCCUUCAAAGAACAAGUCAGUCACUAUUCAGGAUGACGUUCAAGUGUAUGAAGGAACAGAACUCUGUGGAGCAGCUGCCAAGGUGGAUGCAUCUUUAGCUCUUACUGUGGAAAUUAAUGCUGGACAGAAAUGCCUGCAUGCCCUCAUGGCCCAAGGUGUCCUUUAUGAGCAGGCAAUGAUAGAGGGCCUGCUUGGAGCUGAGGCUGUCAUGCGGGCAGUGAUAUCACCUGUGGAGGUGGGUGGCUGUGUCAUUGAGAUGACUCUCAAAGUGGGAAUACCGACGUUCCUUACAGUAGAAUUUUUGUACGACAUAGAAUUUGAAUCUGAAAGAGUGACAUCUCAGCUAAAGUCUGCAGUAGCUAUAAACUUGGUAGAGAAAAAGUGGGAUCCAAAAACUGGAAUUGUGACCCUGGUCUUCAAUACAGUGUUUGCUCCUAACAAACCAAUGAGGAAUCCAGCAACACUGGUUGUUCAGUGCAUUACAGGAGGCAUUUGGAAGUUUCCAUUAUUGCUAGUUGCCACUGAACCAGAAGUUGAUGAUGUCAUCAAUAUUGAAGCAACUGGUCUAAACAAGGAAUCUGUAAUUAGCUUUAGGCUUACAAGCAAGACAAGGUACCCAGAGCCUUACACAGCUCACUUCCUGCCAGGCAGUGAUCCAGAAUUUGUGGUAUCACCUCAAGCUGGAGAACUUCUUCCACUUGACACAGCAGGAACACUCAUAACUAUUGGAUUCAAGCCUAAUAUGUACAGCAAGAAGCACAGAGCAACACUGGUAAUACAGACACAAUGGAUGUACGAGAUCCAUGGCCUGCCACCACGGACCAUACCACCUACAGCAUCAGCAAAAGUUGUUUGUAGGAAUACAUAUGAUAAAUCAACAACAGUGCAACAACGUGACUUUGUACGUGAAAAUAUGAAGCUGUUGUCUACUGGUGUGUCCUCAACGAUCAAAGGAGCACCACUAAUUUUAAGAGCAAAAUAA